AGCCAAGAACAUGCCACUGCACUCCAGCCUGGGACUGUCUUAAAAAAAAGAGAGAGACUCUGUCUUAAAAAAAUUAGUUUCUAAAUAAAGAGUUGCAUGUUUAAUAUUUCACUUUUGUUUGAAGUGGUCAUUUCCAAAGAAAGCUCAGAGUUGAAGUACGCCCGUUAACAAAUACUCAGAAUUCAUUGUGGAAUUUUUGUUUUUGUUCUUGUCUUUAUCUUGCCUAAAUAAUUGUUCUCUUCCCCAUUCCCUUUAUAAUUUUGCCAGUGGCACAUUUAUUAUGUUUAUUUAAACUUGAAAAAACCCUCAAGAAUUGUAGGGUAAUACCUAGAUGUGUCGUGCACUCUGAAAAGCUGAUAUAUUUUCAAUAUAAGGGACAGUGCAGGAUGCUGAAAUCAUUAUGUGUAAACUGUAAAAAUGUCUGCCUUCUGUAAUUAUGAUUUUCAAAUCUACCCUGAACUUCUCAGAAGGAUUUGUUUAUAAUACACCACACAGUAAUAAUUUUAUCAUUUCCAACAGAUAAAUGGCAGUGUAAUAGAUGAUAUCUUACACAUUCCUUUGUAAUUGUGGGCACUUCACAUGGAGAGUCAAGGGGAAGGGCUCGUACGGAUAAUUUUGAAUCCCUCUGUUCUCCCCCACUCCACAGAGUGGUUCUUUCCCCAUAGAGUAUGAGGCUCUUGUUUCAUAGUAAACCUUAAAACUCUCAGACUGAAAGUAAUUAGAACUGGAGAUUAGUAACCACUGUUUUCUAAACAUUUCCCUUUUAUUUUUAUUUUCAAUGUAAAGUAGGAUUUUUCGAUAAAAGAAGUGACCCUAGGGAAACUUUGAAGUUAGCAGUGUAGAAAGCACCACCAUGCCUACCAUGCCUGCGGAAGGAGGGAAAACGGACAUGGAAAGGAUUGGCCUCUUUAGUGAGAUGGAGUAUAUUACUGUGGGUGAUAAAUAUGUGUCACAAUUUAAUCGACCUUUUAAUGAGGCUGCAAGCAAAAGUAAACAGAUGCUACCUGGGGGAUCCAAAGCAAUGUCAGACCUUCAGGCAGGUUAUUUCGAUCCCCGUUUUGUAAGGAUUUUUGAAGGAGAAGGCUACGUGAAUCUGAAUCAAGUGAGGAGACGGGAUAUGAUGGAAGCAGCCAGAAAAAAUCUAGGCAAAGCCUUCUUCCCUAGUAGUGGAGAGAAAAAGCCAUGUGGCUUAGGAAGCUACUAUGGAACAAUAGGUGGUCCAGUCCCAUUUUUCAGCGCACAGUCAAAACCUCGAGAAAAAUAUAAGGCACCUGGAAAGAAUUUAUACACAAAUCCGGGAAAGAAAGGAACUGGAUAUGGCUAUGCAAAUAUUACCAUAGGUAAACAGUUUUCACACUCUGCUGACUUCUAUGAUGCAGCAAAACUAAAUUAUAAGAAAGCGAAUGAAGAACACCAUCGUUUACUUAAAGGAGCACCGUUUAAGUUAAAUCUUCACCCAAGGGACUAUUUUGAUGCUAAUCCUUAUUUUUCUGAGGAACCUUUACCACCAAUUAAAAAAGAAGAGAAGAAAGAAUCAAUUUCAAACACUUUUAAACCUUCUUCUCCUGGUAAAAAGCCUGGUGGAAUGAAGGCAGGAACAUUUGAUCCUUACCCAUCACAUUCUGCUGACCCUUAUAUGGCUAAAUUGGCAACUAUUUCUGGCAAAAACGAUAAGAUUUUCCACCCACCAGGUGGACCAAAAAGCAGACCAGUUGAAAGUAUAAUGACUUUGAAUGUCAGAAGGGCACUAAAUUCAAAGAACUACAAGACUGCUUCAGUACCAUCCUAUUAGCAACUGGAAGACAAGUAGCUUUCUAGAUCUUAACUACGAGUAAUUCAUUAUCAAGAGCUAAUUAUUUGAAAAAAAUAUAAGAUGUUUUGGAGCAGAUAGCUCAAGCAGUUAAAAGAAAUUUAAGCCUACAACUCUAAUUCUCUUCCUUGUUUUCAUACUACUACUUAAUUAAUAAAUAGUAUUUGCUAAUAACA